AUGAUCUGUAGCCGCAGGAAGCGCCUGCAGCUCAGCCGUGUCCUCUUCCUCCUCUCGGGCGUCUCUCUGUGCACGCUCUACCAGCUGACCAUCAGUGCCCGACUGCAGGCUGCUCCUCUGGACUUUGUGCAGGGCUCAGCGGAGGGACCAGAGGAGAACGUUACAGAGGACAUUGGUUCCCAACAGUCUGGACACACUGUACAGACUUUACAGCCAGAGACUUUACCUCCAGAGACUUUACCUCCAGAGAGAGUGACCACAGCACUGCCUGCUGUGGCACCACCCACCAACAAGACUCUGAUCCACUGUAUUUAUGUGGCUCCAGAGCCUCCCCUGGUGACCCCCACCCCCCUCCCAGCUCCUCCUGAAGCUCCCACUGCCCCUGAGCCUCCUGCAGACGCUCCUCAUGUGAAGGGGGAGUACCCUGAGGACCUGUUCACGGUGGAGGAGCGGCGCAGGGGCUGGGUGAUCCUCCACAUCCUGGGGAUGAUCUACAUGUUUGUGUCUCUGGCCAUCGUCUGUGAUGAGUUCUUCGUCCCAGCGCUGGGCGUCAUCACUGAUAAGUUGGCCAUCUCUGACGACGUGGCUGGAGCCACCUUCAUGGCGGCCGGAGGCUCCGCUCCUGAGCUCUUCACCUCUCUGAUCGGAGUGUUUAUCGCUCACAGUAAUGUGGGGAUCGGAACCAUCGUGGGCUCGGCCGUCUUCAACAUCCUGUUUGUGAUCGGCAUGUGUGCCCUGUUUUCCCGGGAGAUGCUGCACCUGACCUGGUGGCCUCUCUUCAGGGACGUGUCCUUCUACAUCCUGGACCUGGUGAUGCUCAUCGUCUUCUUCUUGGACAAUGUGAUCGUGUGGUGGGAGAGCCUGAUGCUGGUGGGGGGCUACACUCUCUACGUGGUCUUCAUGAAGUACAAUGUGCAGAUAGAGAGGUUUGUCAAGACGCUGCUGCUCAAACACAAGAAUAUUAUCAAGAUAAUCACAGUGGACGAGGCGGAGAAGGUCAAUGGUGACGUUGUGGAGCUGGAACCCCCGAUUAAAGAGGACAAGAACCGCUUAAAAUUAAAGCCUGCUCUUCAGCGCGGAGGGAGCUCAGCCUCUCUGCACAACAGCACCAUGAGGAACACUAUAUUCCAGCUCAUGAUCCACACGCUGGACCCUCUGGGAGAAGGUAAAUUUAAGGAUAAGGCUGAGACUUUGAAUAAUGUGGCGAGCAAGAAAGCAGAAAGCAAACGUCAAGACAAAAAAGCAGAUGGAGCUCAGAAACCAGAGGGAGACGCCCCUAAAGCUCCAGACGCAGAGAAGAAGGAGGCAGAGGACGACAAGAAGGUACUCUCCCAAAACGCCCUGAGGGUUUUCAAACAGAGCCGGAGUCUGUCUUUGGUUCCAUUUUAUGUAAGACUCACAGAAGCCUCUGAGCUCCACUCCCCAAACUCCCCAAACUCCCCAAACUCCCCAAUCACCCCAAACUCCCCAAUCACCCCAAACUCCCCAAACACCCCAAUCACCCCAAACUCCCCAAUCACCCCAAACUCCCCAAUCACCCCAAACUCCCCAAACUCCCCAAUCACCCCAAUCACCCCAAACUCCCCAAUCACCCCAAUCACCCCAAACUCCCCAAUCACCCCAAACUCCCCAAUCACCCCAAACUCCCCAAACUCCCCAAUCACCCCAAACUCCCCCAAUCACCCCAAACUUGAUGGUUGUGCGGUGGUUGUGUGGUGGUUGUGUAGUGGUUGUGUGGUGGUUGUACGGUGGUUGUGCGGUGGUAGAGUGAUGGUUGUGCGGUGGUUGUGUGGUGGUUGUGUGGUGGUUGUGCGGUGGUUGUGUAGUGGUUGUGUGGUGGUUGUGUGGUGGUUGUGUGGUGGUUGUACGGUGGUUGUGCGGUGGUAG